CCCGGGGCCGUCCCCGGCGCGGCCCCUGGGGCCAGCCCCGCCCCCGCCACGGGUCCGGUGCCCCGUCGGAGGCCGGUUACACCUGCUGCCAAGCGCCACCGCUGCCCCUUUCCGGGCUGCAACAAAGCCUAUUACAAGUCGUCGCAUCUGAAGUCCCACCAGCGCACCCACACGGGAGAGCGCCCUUUCUCCUGCGACUGGCUCGACUGCGACAAGAAGUUCACGCGCUCCGACGAGCUGGCCCGCCACUACAGGACGCACACGGGCGAGAAGCGCUUCUCCUGCCCCCUCUGCCCCAAGCAGUUCUCCCGGAGCGACCAUCUGACCAAGCACGCUCGCCGUCACCCAGCCUAUCAUCCCGACAUGAUCGAGUACCGCGGGCGCCGUCGCACUCCCCGCAUCGACUCGCAACCCACCGGCAUGGUGGACAGCUCCAGCUCCGUCCCCGGCCAGGCGCCCAGCCUCACCAGCUGCCUGUCUGACAGUCAUUGCUGUUAGUUGUCCCUGCAAGGACGAUCCCCCAGGCCGUUGCCCCUGCCUUUUCUUUGCCCAACCCUCUUUUCCCAGAGUCGUCAGACCAAGGCACAGACUGGUUCCUCCGCUUCGAGGGUCGGUCCAGGCAGGCACGUUGGACCCUGGGGAGGGACUGGGGGCCCGAAAAUAGCAGGAAUUCUUACAACACGUUUAUCAACCUAAAAAGGAGGGUUGCCUCAAGACAGCUCCCUGGAACUGGUGAGAAGGGAUGAACCCCGGUACUCUCCAGAGUCCUGAAGAUUCUCCCUCCCCCUGGAACCAGAGAUGUGAAACUGGAAUUCUCAGGUGCCUGAGGAGCUCCCAGUCUCAAAGGACUCUGGUGUCUUACCCACCCACCAGGGCGGACCUUGGAGAGGGGGGCAGGGGUGGCAGUCUUGGAAAUGUCCAGGACUGGGAUGGUGAGAGGCCUUUGGAAACAGAAAUGAUUUCUAUUUCUGUAAAUAGCAAUGUUUACUAAUUUAUUUUUAGUAUCUUUUAAACAGGGAUCCCAGGUUGAUGGGAGGUUGAUGUCCUCCACUCCCCAAUUGCCCCAGCUACCUCUGCUAGGAGAGGCCAUGUAAGAGUCCAUGUGAAUGUAUGGCUGGGAGAUGCUUCUUGGUGUCUGGGGAGCGGUGUGAGUCUGUUUGCAGGUCCUGUUGCAUGGUUUGGAACCCUGCGCUUGUGUGGUAGCCUUUCUUCCCAUUUGGAUUCCUACUUGGGGAGGGGAAUUUCCUGGCUCACUCUCACAGUGAGAUUGGUUUAAAAUUUUGUAAACAACCACAAAAGCACCAGAAAUGAAAGAGUGGUCCAGGCUAGUUCCCCUUUCACCCUCUGGUGACUUUGGGUGAGAUAGGUCCAAAACAAGA